CGCGUGUCUGCAACCGUCAUGUUCAAGAAACCACUCGGGCACUUGAAGACCUCUUCUGCGCUUCGCAGCUCCGAUAGGCGCAAACUCAAGCAGCGCGUUAUAUCUACGUUCGGCUGUUCCGCAGAGGAUGGCGACGUGCUGGUUCCCGAGGGCAUUCAGUCCAUAAAAUUCACCACCCACAUGGACGCUCCGGGAGUUGCCUACCUCGACGCCGACGACACUCCUCUGUGGUUCAGCUUGGGGAAGGCUGGCGAUGACUUGAUCCCGACGGUCUACACCUUAUGGAAACGACCCGAGCUGCUGCCGUUCGUCACGACACCGUCCCAGGUCAUCUCGAUCCUCAUCGGCGGCGCAGAUCUUAUGCGACCGGGCGUUACGAGCUAUAUUCCGGGUCUGCAGAAAGGCCAGCUCGUUGCUGUGCGUCGUCUGAUUGGUGGCGCUUCGCCUAAGGUCUCGCCGCCUCUUGCUGUGGGCCACAUGGCUCUUUCGUCGGAUGAGCUCAAGGAAGAUCACAAGGGAAAGGCCGUGCUGAUCACGCACACCUGGAAAGAUCAUCUUUGGGAGAUGGGUCCGAAGACUGAGCCGCCAGAGGACACGCCGCUAACAGCACCUACUGCGGACGGUCAGGCCGAUGCAGAUAGCGAUGACGGGGCGAAGGCCCCAUCGCAUGCAGAGGCAUCCCAUCAGUCCGCAAAUUCGCAAGCGGGCGAAGGGUCGGGAGUUGGCGACGCGAAUGGCUCUUCAAAGGAGCCCGACGCGACGCCAACGCUCAAAGGUCCGGUGUAUACUCCUGCCGAGGUAUCGCAACUCCUCCACCUUGCUCUCGUGCAGUCAAUAGCUACAUCGCCACCCUCCUCUUUUCCCGUACCCUCGAACACCUUCUACGCCAGCCACGUUCUUCCAUCCCGACCUGCAUUUCCGGACCUCGUUCUUCCUCCUGCCACGAGCCCCGCAAAUCUAGAUAGCGCCGCUCUCCGACAAGAGAUAUCGCUGAAGACUUCGUCACAUAAAUCACUGGCCGCCUUCCUCAAGGCCGCUGAGAAAGCGGGCUUACUUACGGUCAAGGCCACGCCGAAGCAGAAGAACGACGUGAUGGUCACAUCCGUGAACACUACACAUCCGGACGUUACAACACACCGGCAAUUCCCCACUGUGCGUGAGGUCGAGGAACGGGAGGCGAAGAGGGAGGCGAGGAAAGAGGAGCUCAGCGCAAAGGAGGAGGCGCGUGGCUCGAUGCUCGAAGCGACGGAGCUAUGGAAGCCGCAUAUGCAUACGGUGCCGUUGUUCGUGGACUGGGGAUUGAGCACAAGCGAGCAAUAUACGUUCCCAGAAUUGAAACGAAUAUUCAACAACUGGCUCGAAGCGCACCCCGAAGCCAUAAAUCCGCACGAAAGGGCCUAUAUCAGCCUCAAGGUCCCCGCUGCAUCGUCUCUCGUCGCUGCGGCGUACCCGCCGAACAAGAAGGGGACACCACCUGCACCCGAGUUCGCGAAGCGCGAAGACAUCCUCCGCGACCUGAUCAAGCAGAUGCAGCCGUGGUACGAAGUCAAGCACGCGAACGGCGAGCGCGUGACGAGGAAGAAGGGCACACUCAAGCCGGUGAACGUGGCGCACAAGAUACGGCAGGGGAGAAAGGCGGCGACGAUUAUCACGGGAUUUGAGCCAUUCGAGAUGGCGGUGAACUCCGAGGAGAUGGCAGAGGAUUUGAGGAAAAUUUGCGCGAGCGCAACGUCGGUGGCGCCGGGACCCAAUAAGCAGCUAGAGGUGCUCGUUCAAGGAAAGCAGGCCAAGACUGUCGUGGAGUACCUCGUGAAGAAGGGAAUUCCAAAGAAUUGGAUACAGACGGAGGAUCAGACUAAGGGGAAGAAGUAGCGUGUCAUCGCGGCGACGAUGGAGACAGACGAGCGGCGAUUGAGACUGAACCCACCUGUGUAAUGUACCUCCGACGUAUUCGGAUUUGCGCAUACCCUUCGUCUGGCUCCCGAUCUACGAGGGUGGCGUGGCCACAAUAUCGCAUUUCCGCGUCGUCACAUUCAAACGUUCAACGCCUGUG